AUGUUGCCCUUAGGAUAUUAUCAACCACUUGGCAAAAUCAGGAGAGCCUAUACGGAACUGUACGAAAACGAGUAAACUUUUGCUGUUAUGUUUCGCUGGAAAGGCAGAGUUGCUCUUGUUACUGGUGCUUCUGUGGGAAUUGGAGCUGCAAUAGCCAAAUCUCUUGUCCAGCAUGGCAUGAAAGUGGUUGGUUGUGCCAGAAACGUGGAACAAAUAGAGAACGUAGCAUCAGAAUGUGUCAAGAGUGGAUUUGGUGGCACUUUAAUUCCAUAUAAAUGUGAUCUGUCUGUAGAAGAAGAAAUCUUGUCCAUGUUUUCCUCUAUCAAAGUUCAACAUCAUGGCGUUGACGUGUGCAUCAAUAACGCUGGCUUGGCUCAUCCAGACUCUAUAUUAACUGGCAAAACCAGUGGCUGGAAAGCUAUGCUGGAUGUAAAUGUGAUCGGACAAUCAGUGUGCACUCGUGAGGCUUACCAGUCCAUGAAAAAAAGAAAUGUUGAUGACGGUCAUAUCAUUAACAUCAACAGCAUGUCUGGACACAGAGUUAUGCACAAUAGUGACCUUCGCUUCUAUGCUGCUACCAAAUAUGCUGUGACUGCUCUCACAGAAGGUUUGAGACAAGAGUUACGAGAGGCUAAGGCCCACAUACGUGCCACGUGUAUAUCUCCUGGUCUUGUGGAGACAGAAUUUGCCUUUCGACUUUUUAAACACAAACCAGAGAUGGCUGCUGCAACCUAUAACAAUUUAAAGUGCCUGGAAGCUGAUGACGUAGCCUCUGCAGUUGUGUAUGUACUGAGUGCUCCUCCACAUGUUCAGAUUGGUGACAUUCAGAUGAGGCCUGUAGAACAAAUAUAUUGAUUAUCAAAUUAAAAGUUUACAGAUUGUUAUGUAAUAGUGGCAAAACAAUUUGUUGCAAUUGUUGCAAUGCAGUUUGUAACGUAUUUUCAGUAACUCAUUUUCAGAAAAUGUGAGAGUUACAUGUCUUGCAAAAUGAAUAAUCUGUGUAAUUUAUUUAGCUUAGUUUCAAAAAGUUGAUAAUAAACAAUAAUUAAUGAGAAAGUUUAAGACUUUUUUAUAUUAUUUAUUUCAGCUUUGACUUUACAUGUCAAAAUCACAGUUUUAAACAGCUGUACGCUACUUACCAUAAUCAUGGACAA